CUCCUCUCUCUCUCUCUCUCUCUCUCUACUCCGAUAGUCCGAUCACGAGCCCGAACGAACACACAAGCCCUAAUCCCGUUGAUCCUGUACGCCAUGUUCCUCCGCAGAGAGCUGUGGCGGAGGGGCACCCGAUCGGCGGCGGCGGAGGCGGAGCGCCUCAUCCUCCGCCGUGGCCUCGCCGGCGGCGCGCCGCCGGCGCCGCCGCCCUUCGACCACCAGCCGCGGCCCUACGCGGGGAUCUCCGGCGACGAGAUACUCCGCAAGAGGAAGACCUUUCUCGGACCGUCCCUCUUCUACUACUACCAAAACCCGCUCAAUAUUGUUGAAGGGAAGAUGCAGUAUCUUUACGAUGAAAAUGGAAAGCGUUAUCUUGACUGCUUCGCUGGUAUAGUAACGGUGUCUUGCGGCCAUUGCCAUCCCGAUGUGGUUAAUGCUGUGGUGGAACAGACAAAGCUUCUGCAGCAUACUACAACGAUAUACUUGCACCAUGCUAUUGUUGAGUUUGCCGAAGCAUUGGCAUCAAAAAUGCCAGGGAACCUAAAGGUUGUUUAUUUUGUCAAUUCCGGGACUGAAGCAAAUGAAUUAGCUAUGAUGAUGGCUCGACUGUAUACUGGUAAUUUAAGUAUGAUUGCCUUGAGAAAUGCAUAUCAUGGUGGAAGUGCUGGAACCAUAGGAUUGACAGCUUUGCAUACAUGGAAAUACCCAAUUCCUCAGGGUGAGAUUCAUCAUGUCAUGGAUCCCAAUCCAUACCGUGGAGCCUUUGGCUCUGAUGCAGUACGUUAUGCCAAAGAAGUCGAAGACCACAUUGCCUAUGGUACUCCUGGGAGAGUUGCUGGAUUUAUUGCAGAAACCUUUCAGGGUGUUGGAGGCGCAGUUGAGCUGGCUCCUGGCUACCUGAAAUUAGUGUAUGAUAAAGUGCGCAACGCUGGUGGUGUUUGCAUAGCUGAUGAAGUUCAGAGUGGCUUUGGCCGCACGGGAAGCCACUACUGGGGAUUUCAGACACAGGAUGUGAUCCCAGAUAUCGUCACAAUGGCAAAGGGUAUUGGAAAUGGUCUACCACUAGGAGCAGUGGUCACAACUCCUGAGAUUGCACAAGUGAUGUCGCAAAAGAUUCAAUUCAACACAUUCGGCGGGAACCCUGUGUGCUCUGCUGGUGGACUAGCCGUGCUUAACGUUCUUGACAAGGAAAAAAGGCAAGCACAUUGUGCAGAUGUCGGCUCUCACCUCAUAGAAAGACUAAAAUCUCUUCAGCAGAAGCAUGAAAUUAUCGGAGACGUCAGAGGCAGGGGAUUGAUGCUGGGAGUGGAACUUGUAACUGAUAGGAAAGAGAAAACACCUGCCAAGGCAGAGACCGCGGUAUUGUUUGAGAAGCUCAAAGAUCUUGGAGUGCUGGUUGGUAAAGGGGGUCUGCAUGGAAAUGUCUUUAGAAUAAAACCACCAAUGUGCUUUACCAAAGCAGAUGCAGAUUUUGUCGUGGAUGCGAUGGACUAUGCCAUGUCGGGGAUGUGAAGGUCUACUGGUUCGGCAAUAACAGUUUGACGAGUUUUCGCUCCCCUGCAGCACCAAGGGAUGUACAAGGGCUAAGGAAUAUGCGAAUGCUCCAUCUUUUUGAGGUGAGCGUCGAGGUGGUAUGUGAUAGCCUUGGUUCUUUUAUGGUGCUGUUAAAUUGAUCUUGACAUGUCAACUUGAUUUAUGGGAAAAAGACGGGUCCAAAUAACAUCAUUUGAACAGUUGCCUCUCACUCUCAGAGACAGAUCGGUUGAAUGAAACAUAUCUUUUAUGCCUGAGCCCAGGUCCAAAAU